CGCCAGUGAGUCGAUGAGUUGAGUGUUGAGUGGGCCGCAGAAGAAGAGGCGCUGCCGCUGGAGUUUACUAGUUGAAUGACAGCGGCGGCGUGAAGUUUGCGGAUAUUACGCUUUGGGAGCGGCUCGCUUUAUUUCAGUGCAGCGUUUUUUUACUUUUGAUUUCUUCCCUUCGCUUUUGGAAAAAUGAGGGACCGGACCAAAGAAUUAGGAAAUACCGCAGAGGCUUCGGAUGACGAUGAGGAGGGCAAAGCGCUGAUGAGCAAAUCUGGAGGCUCAGAGAAGGAAAAUGAUGCCUUUUUCAAAAAGGUCCAAGAAAUUCACGAGGGGCUCCAGCAACUCAAAAGGAUGGUGUCUGACCUCGAGAACAAACAGAAAACUGUGCUGGGCGAGGCGCUACCGAAGGAAGAUAUGAAGAAAGAGCUCCAAACUCUUCGAGACGAGAUCAAAACGCUGGCUGGUCAAAUCCAGAGAAAGCUGAAGAGUAUUGAGCCCAAGAAGGGAGAGGAUGAUGGGAAAUACAUACCCAUAAAUACUCGGAUGCAGCGCACACAGCACGCCGUCUUGUCCAAGGAGUUUGUGGAGCUCAUGGGCCACUGUAACACCAUCCAGGCCCAGUACAGGGACAGAAACGUGGAAAGAAUACAGAGGCAGCUGAAAAUCACUGGCAGCAACGUGACAGAUGAGCAGCUGGAUGCGAUGCUCGAGAGCGGGCAGACGGAUGUUUUCACCCAAAAUAUCCUGAGUGAUACUAAAGCUACGAGGCAGGCUCUGAAUGAGAUCGAGUCCCGGCACGAUGAGAUCCUGAAGCUGGAGAGCAGCAUCAGAGAGCUGCACGAUAUGUUCCAGUAUCUCGCCAUGGAGGUGGAGGCUCAGGGGGAGAUGGUGGACAGGAUCGAGAACAACAUCAAGCAGUCUUCAGACUACGUGGAGAAAGCAACGAGCGAGCUGGAGAAAGCAGUCACGUAUCAGCAGAAAUCACGCAAGAAAAAACUCUGGAUUGCAAUCUGUUUGGCCAUCCUUAUCCUCAUCCUCGUCAUCGCCGUGGGCACUGCCUUCACCUAGCAACACCCUGCGGUGCAAGUUAGCAGAAGCACAUCAUGGAUAUCCCCAAAUCCACACAUUCAUGCAUAUACAUGAACUCACAGGAUGUACAGCUGAGCGGAGUCAAUUUGAUUGUUUUUAUUCCUCUAACCCUCCUGUCCGCCUAACGGUUCUACUCUCCAGUUUUUCUGUUGUAUGGAAGAGAUGUGCUCUCUUGUUUAAUCUCACAAUCUGUGCUGCGCGCUCGAUGCAGGCGCUGCACGUUUUCUGUCAGUUUCUGUUCUGCAAAAACAAACAGCAGGACUCACUGUGGACUGUUACACCAGUCGAUCCUUCCCCUCCUGUGUUUAAAAAAAAAAAAAAAAUAGAAAAAAGAGGAAUUAAGUGACCUUGAGUGGGGCACAGAGCAGUAUUGAUCAAACACUGGCACUCGUCAUACUGUACUCAGGAAAACUGUGUCGUAACGUCGAUGCUUCUGGAUGAAUUGGAGACCUAAAGAACAAUUUUAUAAUGUAGGCCUUUUAUAGUCGGAUACAGGAAAUAGACUAAUAUAAUUGUACAUAACCGAUGUUGCUGGUGAUAAAAAUUUAUGCAGAUGAUUUUUAAAACUUGAAAGGUUUUUUUUUAAUCAUACUGCAUACAUGUAACAAGUGUAAAUACAGAUUUUGUUUGUG